AUGGCUAUAUAUAUGGAAGAUUUACUCUUGGAUUCCUCUUUUUAUGCCAAUGGAGCUACACAUAAACCAAUAAUAUCAGAAUUUCGACUCGUAAUUCCGAAUGAUUUAGGAAAGCAGACAUGCGACUCGAAUGACUGUGGAGUAUGGGUGAUAAAAUGGAUGGAGCACAUAAGAGAAGACGUGGAUAAAAUUGAUGUUGAUGAUGGUACAAGACUAAGGAUUGCAUUAGAUUUGACAAUGAAUUCUUACAACAAAUUAAAUGAUUUGAUUUUGGAGAGGGCUUGGGAGAAAAUUAACAAGUCAAACAAUGCAUAA